AUGUCUUCAGAAGGAACCCACGUUUUGCUUCCUAUUGAAGCCGAGGCUUAUAUUGAAGAUAUUACAAAGAUAGACUUAAAAGAUGUGGGAAAUAAGAAAUGGGGUCAACAACAUGAAAGAAUAGAGAAAAUCAACAUGCAGGCAGUGAUGAGUGCUACCCAGCAAACAGACGAGUUUAUCAAGGAAUUUCUGAUAACUUACGAAAAGCUGCCAGUUUUAAUAGGUGAUUUGAUAACCACAGAAAUUUGGAAAGAGAAAAUAUUUACUGAACUUGUUAAAAUGAACUUUGAACCCAAAAUUACAUUUCCUAUUUAUAUUGUGCUCUAUCAUGAAGCAACUGUGUGUAAUCUAUUGGAAACUGUCAUGUAUCACCGUGAUGCCUGCGAAGCCACUGAAGAUGUUAUUUUAGAUUUAUUAGAUUAUUGUUAUAGAAAACUCACUCAUAUCAUAGCUAGUUAUGAAUUGAUUAACCAGAAGAAGUCGAUAGAAUUUGAAGUUUGUGUCAAGUCAGUUUCAUUGUUAAGAUACAUCACAGACCAUAUGGACGGUCUACCACUAAGUGUUACAAGUCGUUUAUUAAACACCUUAGAUAUACCUGUAUUACUGGUAGAGCUGAUAGAAAACCCUCCCUGGACUAAACGUCAACAUGGUCAACUGUAUAAGUAUAUAGAAAACAAAUGGCAGCUGGUAGCAAGAGAUGAUAUGUUUAAAAUUACUAAAAUAGAAGGCCAGGUGUGGAUUUGUGUUUAUCAUGUUUUAAUGGAUCAGAAUUGUCAACAAAAAUAUGAUUUAAAUUCUUACAGAAAGAACGUCAUAUUGAAGUUACGAGGGUAUAUCAAUGAGAUGUUACUAGAUCAGCUGCCAAUAUUGGGAGAAUUACAGAGAUAUCUGGAACACCUGUCUAUGAUGGAACCACCGCCUGUUAAACAGGAUCUUGUUCUGGAACAGUUACCAGAAAUAAGAGACAGUAUUAUAAACGAAUAUAAUGGAAAAUGGAAGAAAAUGGCCGUCCAACAAUCCAAAACACAAUUUAAUCCUUCAAACUGUGAUAUUCAACAACAAGCUAAAAGAUGGGCUGAUACAUAUAAUAUGGACGUAUUAGAAAACUUGAUCUCUGAUCCUCCAAAAUGUGCUGUUUGUGGUGAGCCUGCUACUAAACGAUGUUCACGCUGUCAAAAUGAAUGGUAUUGUCGAAGAGAAUGUCAAGUGAACCAUUGGACCAAACAUAAAAAGGCGUGUAAUUUGAUGUUCGAUUCUCUGAAAACAGAUUUAAAAACAGCAGUGAAAACGUAG